AUCAGGCAUUCAUUUGUACUGUGUUAAUUUAUCUCUUAAGCGACAAUGCGGGAUUGAGCGUGCAAUGCUAAAAAGUAAUUAUAGAAUUAUUUUACCUAAAGAUAUACGCCAGAAAUGAAGACCGAGGAAAUGUUUUAGUUUUUUCGAAGGAACUAUAUGUCACGGCGGAGUAACAAAGUAUUCGUAAUCCGCGUUUUCCUUUUGGAGAGAGUGCGGCGGCUUUUGGAGGCAGAGGAGGUUGUACUUGACGGAGCUGAGGGAUGGCGUCUGUGUGGUCGCGUCACUUUCGAAACUUAUUUCACUAGUUCAGAAAGGAGUCUGUCUUAUUUAUUUUUUUUAUUUCCUCUAGCGCUAGUUUAAUUGCAUUUGCCUCAUUGCUUGUGCAGUGCCUAUUGCAGUCCCCCAAAUAACCUGGCACCGGCGGCUGGCUGGUAUUUUGAAAGAUUUCGGUCUGCCAUCUGAACAUGUUACCUAGCCAGGCUGGGUCGGCACCAGCGGGAAACGGGUCAGCGUCCGGCAGGGAUAACGCGAGUCACGAUUCGGGCUUCCGACCCGGCUCAGUCAGGAGAGGGCUGAUUGAAGUGGCAACCGUGGCUGCGCGAUCGGCGGACGGUUCAAGGAUGCUGGGGGGCAACGGAGCAGGAGUGGGAUCCAGGAUGGGGGUGAGGCAGGGUAACGGGGCAGGUCUGACCGCCCUGCAAAGCGUCGCCUCGGUCGGGGGGCUCGGUGCUCCCGGCGGCGGCAGAUACGAGCCCGACAGGGAAAUCGCCUCCCAGACGUGCAGCGGUUCUGACGCCGACUCCGACCUGGGCGACGAUGACGACCCUAUGAGUUCGAGACGGGCCGUUAGGAGAGGGGUGAAGCGGGAGAGGCCGGAGAUGGAGGGCGCAGCCGCGGGGGCAGAGAUCGGUAUGUCCUCCGGAGGAUACGCCGGCGUCCCCGGAGGGGUCGCAGGGGCGAAGCCCGGCAAGAAGACCCGGGGCCGAGUGAAAAUCGAAAUGGCCUUUAUCGACAACAAGUUGAGGCGGUACACUACUUUUAGUAAGAGGAAGACCGGUAUCAUGAAGAAGGCCUACGAGCUGUCCACGCUGACGGGCACCCAGGUCCUGCUGCUGGUGGCCAGUGAGACAGGCCAUGUGUACACAUUCGCCACACGCAAGCUGCAGCCCAUGAUCACCAGCGAGACGGGCAAGGCCCUCAUCCAGACGUGCCUGAACUCACCCGACUCACCGCCGCGCUCAGAUCCGUCCAGUGACCAGCGCAUGAGCGCCACGGGCUUCGAGGAGACUGACCUCACUUACCAGGUGUCCGAGUCAGACAGCUGCGGGGAGAGCAAGGAUCCCCAAAAACCCACAUUUACUGUGGCCAGCCUGCCCUCAGCUGCCUCCACCACCAGCACGUCGGCUUCCCUACAGGCUGGUGGCGGGGGUGGCGGUAGCCCCUCCUUCCCCAUCACCACAUGCUGGCCCAUCUCCAUGGGAGCCAGCACCAACAGCGUAGCCAGCGCCAACGGCACCGUGCUCAAGGCCUCCGGCACCUCGGGGGGGGUCAUGCAGCUGUCCAGUGGCUUCACUCUCAUGUCAAGCACGCCCCUUCCCCCUGGCACCCCCACCAUUCCAUUCAGCCAGCUGCAGCCCCAUUCGCUGACCAUCCACGGCCAGCAGGGUCAGCCCAUCGGCACUGCUGCUGCGGGCGCCCCCCCCCAGACGCAACAGGCCCAACAGGCCGUCUUCCGCUUCCCUGCUGCCGUUUCACUAGCAGGUGGGGGGGUGCCCCAGCCUUUGCAGGCCAUCCAAGUUCACCCCAGCGCGCAGCAGAACUCUGUGGCCACCAGCGAGAGCAGCCCAGAGAUGUCUCAGGCCAACAGCAGCUCCUCAGUGAGCCUGCCGGCUGCCAUCGUCACCUCAUCGGUGCCCACUUCAGUGUCGGGUCAUGUGAUGUACCACAGCCCCCCCACGGUGAUGUACACCUCUACGCCCACGCUAGCUGAUGGCAGCGGCCUGGCCGUCCUCAACGCCUUCUCGCAGGCCCCCCCCUCUAUGCAGGUGUCCCACGCACAGGCCCAGGACACAGGUGCCCUUCCUCAGGUGUUCCUCACAGCCCCCACUGGAGCAGUGCAGAUCCCAGUCUCAGCAGUGCAGCUACACCCUUUGGCGAGAUGCUGGAGCCAGGAUCUGCUCUGUCAGAGCCAUCCUGAGGCUUCUGAUCCAAAAACUACUGAUGCAUUGCAGGGCCGGCUCAGUGCUGAAGGUGGACAUCACCGGGUUCAGUCAAGCUCCAUCUGACUCCCUCACUGGCCCAUCCCUCGUAGCAUGUCCCGCCGAUGUCGGCCGCUUUGGUGCACAAAGGUGUUCCUCUCCUGAUCAGAUGCCACCUGAACCAGGCUGACCAGUUGAACUAUCUGUGCAGAAGGGCACAAAUAAAUAUAUAUAUAUUUUUAAUUUUGAUGAUUGUUAUGGGAAAUCGUUUUUCUUUCAGAAUGAGUUGCAGAGGUGGAAAUUUCAGGUCCAGAAAGAAGCCAGACCAAGAUCUUGUUUCAGCCGACCAGUUGAGUAUAAAGAUUCUGAGUACUCAUCUUGUUUGCUAAAACAAAAUCUUGGUCUGGAUUUUUACUUUCUGCACCUGAAAUGUCUACCUCUACAGAGUUGUUAUAAGCUGUAAAAGCGAUGCAUAGACUGUGCAGGGGAAUGGCUUCUCUCACACGUGGAAAAUUCCAGGGAGGUUCUGACCCACUCUGGAUCAGCAUCAUGGGCAGGCCAGUAGGUCCAGCCCCGCCGAAGAGGCUCGGGAUUGGCCUGUGGGGCAGGUAUGAGUGUUCAGCUCGGCAUGUGUAACAAUGACCGACGCAGCCUUGCAUUCAUGGCUUAUUGGCUUGAAUGGGCACCGUCACUACCUCUGGUUGGUCACGCACCCUUGGUGUCGGUCACCAAAAGAGGGGACACUGCUGCAGUAUAUGACUUUAUUUCUCUACUGUCUCAUUUUUGGGGAAGUUUUGCUGUUUUAUUACAGUGACCCCAGUCUCUUGUGAUUUUUCACUAUCCAGCCCAUGCAUGAGACACGUCUUCUCUUAACCUUAAGAAGGUUCUGAGACAUUCAUUCAUUUAUUUAAAUGAUUUCUGACCUGUUGGCAUCACCUUUGGUGUUAAGGGGUUUUCUGCCUUGAUGAUCCUGAAAGAACAGGUAGACACUGACCUGUACUAUCAGUACAGUUUUUGUUUUUUUGAUCAUCAGCCUAAAUUAGGCUGAUGGGAGCUGUACUGGUGAUGUUGGAUUGUUUUGGAACGGCACAUUAUCCCCUGAGUUUCACUCUGUGCCUCUCUCGUUUGACUCCUUGUAAACCUCUCUUAGCGCUCUCUCUAGAACUCUGCAAGUGGGCAUUGCAUGGUAUGAUUCCAAAACACUGAAGGGCUGAACACUGAAGCCAGACCUGGCAUUGGCCAAACUGUGUUGGAGGGUGGGAGCCGUUUGGAGUGUGACACACGGCUCUUGAAUGUAUUGAAAGAUUCAUGGGGAUGUAGGGGAUCCCGCAAUCAGCAGACUGUGCCAUUUUCCGUCCUCUACACAAGGCCUUGUGCUUUGUCAGCUAGAGCUGCGAGAGGACAGCCUCCUGUGUACAAUCGUCCCCAUCUAGGGACCCAGAUGAACGCCCCUUGAAACUGAAUUGGAUUUUUAAGAUUUUUUUUAUAUAUAUAUAUAAUAUAUAUGUAUUGGAUUUAGUAUUUUUGCCUUUCAGGUGUGGUGGAAGUGAGAAGCUUCAGAUAGCCAUUGAUGUGUUUUAUCUCCAUGGCUGUCUAAACCAUGGCACUCCUGUUUGUUACCACUAACUACCACAUCAGGGCUUUCAUUUUCCUUUCUGUUGUACUUUUGCUCCAACCUAUGGACCUUACAUGCUAUACACUAUGUGUAAGCACUUGUAAAAGACUAAUUUCUGUUUUGGAGAACACAAUAAAUAUGGAAUAAAAAACUAUCUAUGCAUCUUGGCCCUAACAUUGGUUAUUUUGAAGAUUGGAAGUUUUAUCUUCAAAGGUCCAAAGUGAUAAGUGAUGGUGAUCUAGAUGGUCACCUCAACCCCCCCCCCCCCCCCCCCCCCCCCCCCCCCCCAUGAGCAGAUAAAGAAUGAACUUUAAUAAAUGACAGAAUUGAAUUGGAAUGUACACCAUAUGUAUUAUAUGUGCUAAGUAAAGAAUAUUUUUGUGUUGUUUGUUUUAACUAACUUCCAGAGAUUAUCUGAGGAGUUAAUGUAUGUAACACAGUAACUCUGUACAGAGCAUUGUUUUUUUUUUUAUUAUUAAAAUACAACUGCUGAA